AUGCACAGGAACACCAUCGACGCGAAGAAGGAUGGUGGUAGUAGACCUACUAUCACAGCGACAGACCGCGGAGACGGCGUCAACGUCAACCGGCAAAGCAGUCUUCUGCCUGGUGAGGUGCGCACGCCAUCCAUGAUAGUCACGCUUUCCGAGGCCUGGGGCGACAACAGCGCCGACUGGGCAGCGCCUGGCAGUAGCUCCGUCUGGGAAGAAGAAGCGCCGAGCCGUCAUUCGGCGCCGACUCCCCUCCGAAACUACGGCCACAGUGAUGUGUGGGCCUCUGCGGCGGGGUCACCGCUAAUGGGCGACGACAUCGCUCAUCAGCCCAGCUUCGGACAGGCUGGAGCGAAGAACGACUCAGAUAGCCUAGACACUGCCGAGUUGGCCGCGGCAGCUCUUCAGGCCUUAUCGCCCCAAGGUGCGCUGCACGAGGACUCACACGAUGUCCAUGGGUCCCUACCGCAGCGACAGGCGUUGCAACCGCGCUACUCGACCAGUUUUAACUACGGCUACGACAGCCGCUUUGGCUCAAUGCACAUAACGCCGCCGAUGAACAAUCUCACGCAGUAUUUCCCAUCACCCCAGCUGCAGCAGCCGCCUCCGGGAUCGAACUACUUCAUGGUGCGGGAAGGCUCAGUUGCACCGAACGCGAUGUUUGGAGAAUCUACUCCGAUGUCUCGCGGUGGCGCCCACCCAGCUACCCUUGGGAGUGACGCGGUGUUAUCCAGCCCCGUCGGGCUGUCGUACGUGCCACGCUUAGAGGACAAGGAGGUGGCACACCGCAUUAUAGCCUCCGCGGGUUUGCCACUAUCAAUAAACUCGCUUGUCGACUACAUUCAUGGCGGCCAGCCACACGCGCCAGCGCACGCCGCCGCACUGGGCACAACUCAGAAUGCGCUUCGCAACUACCCCAACCUGAGUGAACCCCCCACAGAGGAAGAGAAGCUCGGAGGUCGCGGUGUUGCCAGUGGCUCGUAUGGUGGCCGCCCACAGCGUGGCAGACACGGGCAGCCGUCCCAGGGCCAUGGUGGACCGACGACUUCGUCCUCGGCGCAGGGCAGCGGGUUUGCCGUCUCUGGUCAGGACACCAGCAGCGGCUCUCGGCAAGACCAGCCGCUGACGCCGCCGUUCAACUACAGUAGCGGCUUCAUGGUGUCUGCGGGCAUCAGCCCCACAACGCCUUCGAGGACAUCGGCGCGCGCUCCUUAUGGCCCACAUGGAAAUGGCGUCUUCGGGCGCUACAAGAGCGAGAGUAAGUACCUUAGCGACUUGCUACACUUUCACGCGAAUUUUUUUCCUCCACCGCCACCGCCGCGUGUGCCCAACGAGGAGCGCCGCAGCCGCGCUGAACUUUGGUAUCACUACGCAAGCAAGUGGGACAUCACACACCGCCUACCGCCGCCGCCGCGUACGCCACUUCCAGAGAUGGAGCUGGAGUACCGCAUGCACCUUCAGCAAAUGACGCGUGUGCCGUAUCACGGAGACGGGUGGCUACAGCUGAGCGAGCGGUGGUUCAACGUUAUGCAGGAACUCUUUGACUUCCCCGAGGAGAACGUUGGCGAAGAAGUGGACUUCAGCAUUGUUCUUCAGCAGGCAGUGCUAAGCUAA